CUCUUUAAUUAUAUACAACUGUAUACAAUUUCAAUUUGGUUUGGAAGAAAUUAACGUCAUUUUGUUUACAGUAAUCUGGCACCACUCUCUCCCACUUUUCUGCAUUCUGCUUCUUUCUAUAAUUAUUUUUCUCUUAUUAUGGCCUCUCUUAGCCUUUUUAACCAUCAUCUGUUCGCUUUUGUCUCCAGUUCCAAUUAUUACCUGCUCAACAACUGCAAUUUGUGUGCAGUUGUUAGGUCUCCUAGUUUUAAUAAUUUAAUUAAUAAUUAUUGUUAAGCGAAAUUGGUGCUAAAUACGUAUCCGAAUCCUUAUCACAAUAAGCAAUUGCGUUCCUCUUAAAUAAAUACAGUGUGUUAUACAUAUAUACAUUUAUUUAUUACAUCAGCGAAAAAAAAUUCGCAUAUCUAAUAAGUUUUUACUCUGAUGGCCGAAGGUGAAAUUGUCAACGAUAAAAGCAUAAAAAAUGCUGCAAAUUCAUAUGUAACCUCGUCCAGUAGCGUCAAUAGCGCUUUAUUGGGUGAUAAAUUAAGAAAAAUCACAGCACUUUUCUUCGACUUGGACAACACGUUGAUUCCCACACGUUCGGGCGAUUUGAAAGCAGUAAAGAAGUUGAGUGAGGUGCUGGAAAAUCAGUUCGGCCUAUCCAAAGAAGAAGCCAACACUGCUACACAAUCUUUUUUGAAGGCAUUUCGCCGUUGUCCAGAUAACUCGCAGACGUCAUUAGAUUCCUGGCGGACAUAUUUAUGGCGUGAAGCUCUACCACCUCGCUACAAGCAUUUGGCUGAACAAAUCUAUCCAAAAUGGUUACAAUUACGUUAUCGUUAUUUAGCAUUAUCCGCAGAUUUUAUUCAAAUGUUAUGUCGUGCUCGCGAAGCUAAUUUCUUAUUGGCUCUUAUAACUAAUGGACCAUCCAACGCACAAUGGGAAAAAAUUAAUAAAUUGCACGUGAGCCAAUAUUUUGAUUGUAUGCUGGUGUCAUCUGAUCUACCAUGGGAGAAGCCAAAUCCGCAGAUAUUCUAUGCAGCAUGCAAUUUUUUAGGCAUUGCGCCAACACAAUGUGUAAUGUUUGGUGAUAAACUCGAAUCGGACAUUAAGGGAGGUUGCCUUGCUGGAUUGGGUGCUACAUUUUGGAUACCACUAAGUCCAGGCGAGAUUGACUUGAAUGAUGUUGAAUAUAAACCAGACUUUACUCUCAAGCAGUUGUUAGAUUUAUAUAAAUAUUUUCCAUCACUUAAUAAUACUAGAAAUGUGCGUGGAAAUUCUACUGGUAAUGCUACUGGCACAAGUACACAAAAUAACAUUACCACAACAUUAUCCUUAGCACACGGUGCUUCAGCUGCUCUACCUCAAUAUCGUCGCAGAGGUAGUCAAAUUAGUCAUAGUCGAACCAUAAGUACCUGUUACAGUGAUCUUCAACGACAACAAACACACCAUCAACCCAUGCAAAUUGAGCAAACACAACACGAACAAGAAUCACAAGACGAAUUUACGUUCAACGAACGUGCAAAUCAAGAUCAAUACAGACAACGUCGUGGGGGCUCGCUUCCAACUAUGGAUUAUGUGAUGAAUAGUGAGGCAGAGAAUAGUUCAGAUAGUUUGUUUUGUUAAAUUAUUAUUGUAAUGAAAGGCUGUGCAUAUUGCUCAGGUAUCCACCCCGAACAAAUGCUCAUUCGCUCCUAACCAUUAACGAAUGUACAAGGAAAUAAUUAAAACAAAAUGCAACAAAACAAGAAGGGUCUUCGGAGCUUUGCGUGAUACUGUCAUACAUAUGUAUGUGAUUGUACUUUAAAAUCACUUGUAUGUAGGUAGGUAUGGUAAAAAUCUACCAUUUUUUCCUGCACAAUAGCUUAGAUUGGUUGUGCUUUAUAUUUAUACUACACGCUUUGUGAGUGGUUCACGUAUAUGUAUGUAUGUACGUACAAAAAUACUUGAAAACUAAAGGUGAUUAAAUGUAUUCGAAUUCGUAAGUGAAUAAGUAUGUAUGUAUAUUUUUAACAAAGCAAACAAUUAAUAAGCUAAAAGUUUUUAAUCAAUAUUUUUAAGUUUUUGCAACUAAAUUUUUUUGCUUUCCUAUAUUUCAUAGACGUAAUAAUACAUUUAAUAAAUAUUAUGAUAUACUUAAAAGUAAAAUUGA